CGAACAGUCGGUUGUCGAAGGUGUAAACAUGUAUUAUUAAUCGUAGUUAUAAAAAAGUUAUCAAAGUGCUUUUCUUACUUUUAUAUGUUUAUAAGAUAGAUUUGAAAAUUAGCUUAAUAACUUUACCAAUAGUACCUCAAUAACAAUGAAAUAGUUUUUGAGAGUUGCAAGAAACCUUUCAAUGGCUAGUGACAACGAUAAAAGUUCGGGUAAUCAGAAUUCUGAUGGUUCCUUGAAGAGCAAUAAGAAAUUAGACAGUAGCGGAAAUAUAGGUCAAACAGAGGACAAACCGAUUCAGGGUGUGCAGGCAGUUGGAAAAGGAGGGCGACAUUUAUCAUUACCAAUUGAAACUUCGGCUACAAAUGGUGAUCUGUCCAAAAAACAGAAUGGUUCAGCGGUGCGUACCAAUAGCUUGGGCUCGGGCGCGCGCACGCCGCCCGCGGAGAGAACCAAAUCAAAAUUCUCCGCAUUCGGUAGACUAUUUAAACCGUGGAAGUGGAAACGGAAAAAGAAAUCAGAAAAAUUUGAAGCAGCUUCUAGAACGUUAGAGAGGAAGAUAUCCGUCCGAGCAAAUAGAGAUGAAUUAGUGCAAAAGGGAAUUCUCUUACCGGAGAGUCCAGUGACGCCUGUCCCUGAAGGCAAUGAGGACGCGCCUGCCGAGUACAACGAGGAGACGCGGAGUGAGCCUGGCGGCGGCGGGGGCGGGCCUGGCGGCGGCAUGGGCGCGAUGCACGCGGCGUUACAGGCGCAGCUUGCCUCGCAGCUCGCGCAGCAGGCCCAACAGGCGCAGCAUGCCGCACUGGCUGCCGCCGUCGCCGCCGCCGCUGCAGCGCACCAUCACCACCAGAACAACAAUGUCAUAGAACCAAAGAAAGACAAAUUGGAAAAUGGUGGUGAACUUGUGAGGCCUGAGCGGCCGAACUCCUUGACGGCCGGGAAGCUGCCGAGACGAAUAUGUUAUCAAGGAGAUGUGAGCGGAUACGGCGGUGGAGGUGGGGUUGUGGGUGGGGGCAUGGGCAUGGAGGGUGACAACUCGCAGCUGAUGCUGUCCGAUCUCCCGGAGCCGCCCAUCGCUGUGUCGGAGAUCGGGCCCAUCCCGCCGCCUCCCAUGUUCAGCUCGCCCAGUCCUACGCGCCACCAUCAUCAUCACCAGCACCAACACGCGCUCUCGCACCAUCCUCUCUCUGACUCCGAAGAGGAGGACGAUGUGGAGGAGGAGGAGGCGGAGUCGCUGGGCGCGGACACGUCACGCGUGGAGGAGAUACCGCCCAAGGAGCCGUUGUUUAACGCCGUGCCGCUCAAGUCGGCGCUCAAGAAGCGGCCCGCGCCCGCCGCCUCGCCUCAAGGCACGCCGCAAGCAACGCCGCUCGCGCCGAGACAAGACCAUCACCACGCAAGCUUCAACAGACGGCCGCCGCCCAAACCGAGGAUCCGCAUAUGCACGCGGCCCGUGCGUGUGGGUAACGCGGUGGAGAACAAGGAGAACGCGCGACCAUGGGAGGGCGAGUACCGCGACGAGUACUCGAGCGAGUCGGAGCGCGUGGCCGCCAAGUUGGCGCGCAAGGAGAGUCUUAACAUCAAGCUGGCGCUACGUCCCGACCGCCAGGAGCUCAUUAACAGGAACAUUCUGGUAGUGCAGAGCGAGCACGAGCGGCAGGAGUCGUGGGAGGCGAUCGGCGCCCGGCUCAUACGUCGGCUGUCGAUGCGGCCCACCGCCGAGGAACUCGUCGAGAGGAAUAUACUCAAAAGUCAGUCUCCCGCCGAGGAAAAGAAGCAGAAGGAGGAGAAGAAACGCUACUUGUUGCGCAAGCUCAGCUUCCGGCCCACCGUAGACGAGCUCAAGGAAAAGAAGAUUAUCAGGUUCAGUGACUACAUUGAGGUGACGCAGGCACACGACUACGACCGGCGCGCCGACAAGCCGUGGACGCGGCUCACUCCGCGCGACAAGGCCGCCAUCCGCCGCGAGCUCAACGAGUUCAAGAGCUCCGAGAUGGCUGUGCACGAGGACAGCAAGCACCUCACCAGAUUCCAUAGACCAUGACGGCUGUGCCUUAAACUCGGACUGGACCGCGGCGACAGGCCUCGUGGCUGAGCGUGGCGACAGUUGCCAUUGCUCGUGCUGCCACUGUUGCCACCUCCUGUGGCGGAUGGCGUCGCGACUCGCAGCGCCUUCUCUUCGCCGCGGUCGUGGUCGCUCCUGUGAUUUUUAUCGUAUUCAUAUUGACUUCUUCCGACAUCCGGAAGAUUCGUUUGCAAUAACUUACCACAAGGCAUCGGUAAAGUGUUGAAUAUUCUAAACUUAGGUUAUAUCGCCGUUUCGAAGUUACAUUUUGUUGUAAGCGUGUACCGUGAGUGCAAUUUUGUUUUAAUUUACCUUUUUAUUAUAUUGUAGUUUAAUCGAGUACAAUUUAUUACGAUUACAUUAAAGUUUAUAAGUCGGCGUAUCCUAAGCGUACCUAUACAUUCUUUGAAUUGACCUUCGCGUAAGGUUAGUGAUACUGGUUAUUGUGGUCGAGAUUGUGAGUUUGUAAAGCUCCUGAGAUGUGUCGAGUGAGUUAAAUGAAAGUAUGACACGUUAUCCGCAGUAGGAUUACGUAGACUUGUGAUUUUCUCUUAUAUUGCUAGCUGUAGACGCGUAGUUUUUAAGCUAGACUCGAUUGUGUGGUAUUUUAUUUAACAUUACAUUUUUGUCGCAAUUGUUACAUUGGCCUUAUAGAAAACUUGUCUCUCCUAUUUCCAGUGAAGGUGAAAUACAUUUUUUUUUCAUCAAGUACAUCUGUUGUAGCUAAGGAGUUAAAUAUAUUUUGUAUGGUAACGCUUGUUUGGAGAUACUACCACAGAUUUUCACUAAUCUUUUCUAGGUUAUUGUUGGAUAGUAGUGUGCUGCGUACUGCGUACUGCGAACUGCGAACAACUCACUAAUCACCAUGUCAUUAUCAACACAUUGAGCUUUUUGACUAAAUUUUUCUUCCAUGAAAUGUACUUCAUUUAUAAAUAGGUGUUAUAUUUGAGAUAUACGAAAUUUUAAUCUAAUAAAAAUUAAAUAUCUUAAUCAUAAAAUUACGAAUACAAAUAUAUAUGUUACCAAAAGCAAUGACAUAAAUAUACAAGCAAAUAACACUUAGUAACGUAGCAAAAUUUUAUGCUACGUUAUUAUAAAUUAGCAAACAGUCGGUAGUAGUUUUCUGAUAGUUUUUGAUUUAUUUUUCCUAGAAAGUUCGCGACCUCAAAUGUAGCACUUAUAGCAAUAAUUCAUAUACCAAUAUAGAAUACGAGCUUUUUUAUAUUUAAAAUUGUUAUUGUGUUACCUCAAAUACGUAUGUGUCUGUUUGCAUCAUUUACAUAUAGAUAAUAUAUUUUUAUAUGCGGACAAAAUCACAAUACUAUUUAUUGUAAUGGAACUUGUUAGUUAUCCAUUGUAUUCUUUAUAGAACAGGAAAGGACAAUGUGCUGUAAGCAUGAGCAAUACAUCAGGUCUACACGUUUAUAAGUACAGAAAGAUGUCAAAAAAACAGUAUAUGCAUUCUUGUAAUAAUUGGAAUCUAUCAAUUAAAUCUCCAGCUUGAAAUUCAUUUAAUUUCAAGGUCAAUAAACACGAAUAAGGGGUGUUUCGUUUAAAGAAAUAUCAAUAAAUCCAUCUUCGCAGUUUUUUGUCGCUUAAUUUAUAGUGAUCUUUGAAUUAAGAUUUAGAAUAUAUGUUUACUUAUUCCUAGCUACGAAACUACGUAACAAAAUAAUCGAACUAAGGGCUCGAUCACCUCUGUAACCAAUUAUAAUCUACAAUUCCAGUUGUAACCCGUGAAGCAAAUUAUUAUUGAAGAAUAUUUUAAGUGCUAUGCGUUAAUCCGCCUCAAACCCAGUGUUAACACCUCCUCAAAGUAAGCCAUAGAUAUCGCCCUUAUGAUAAAGGUAGAGCAAUACCUUAGAAUAAUGUGGUUUCAAAGCUGGAGAUUCAAUUGAUGUGGUGUACGGUACAGUAGGCGGGUUCGGGGCGGGGCCUCCCUCCGCUCCGCCCAGCGCGCAGCCUCGGCGGG